CCCACUCUGUUGGCCGAGAAUGGUGACUUCCUUCCGGUUUGCUAAGCGGAGGGCGGAAGUGUUGGUUUUGAGCGGCUCUGGGUGUAGUGGGGUUGUGAUAGCUGCAGCAAGCGCAGAGAGGUCACUGAAGUACUCGGAUUCUCGCGGCUGUGCAGGGAUCUAAACACCACCAUGUCGAGCAAAAGGGCAAAGACCAAGACCACCAAGAAGCGCCCCCAGCGCGCAACAUCCAAUGUGUUCGCCAUGUUUGACCAGUCACAGAUUCAGGAGUUCAAAGAGGCCUUUAACAUGAUUGAUCAGAACAGAGAUGGUUUCAUUGACAAGGAAGAUUUGCAUGAUAUGCUUGCUUCUCUGGGGAAAAAUCCAACUGAUGAAUAUCUAGACGCUAUGAUGAAUGAGGCUCCGGGUCCCAUCAAUUUCACCAUGUUCCUCACUAUGUUUGGUGAGAAGUUAAAUGGUACAGAUCCAGAAGAUGUCAUCAGAAAUGCUUUUGCUUGCUUUGAUGAAGAAGCAACUGGCUCCAUUCAGGAAGAUUACCUGAGAGAGCUGCUGACAACAAUGGGAGAUCGGUUUACAGACGAGGAAGUGGAUGAGCUGUACAGAGAAGCACCUAUUGACAAAAAGGGAAACUUCAAUUACAUUGAGUUCACGCGCAUCCUUAAACAUGGAGCAAAAGACAAAGAUGACUGAAAAGAACUCCAAAUUCCAGCCAAACGUUCCUUGUCGCCACUUUGGGUAUUUCUGAGACUUUCUCUUAGGGCCCAUAGCAUGCCCCUAGCUUUACAGCUUUUGCCUUUCUUGUAUUUAUUCUCAGCCAUUUUGGGCACAUGCAUCUCUAUAAUCAGACUGGAAAUGGGACUUUUUGUCAUUUUCAGAAUAGAAAAUGGGGUAAUUUAACUUAACCAACCUCCCCCAAAAUAACUGCAGUCUACACAGAGUCAGUAUAUUUUUUCAGAGAAAGUUAUUCACUAAAUUUUUUCUGAACCAUAAUUAAACUUGAUGAUAAAAACUUA